AUGCGAAUUGGCAUUGUAGGCGAGACUGGGCAAGGUAAAUCUUGCCUUAUCGGAGGUCUGUUAGGUGACGAGGGUAUAGUUCAAACUGCAAAGAGUGGCGAGAGCCUGACCAGAGUGAUUCUGGAGUACCAUCACUGGAUCGAUCACGACUCACGUUUCAAAUACCGCGCUAUCAUCAAUCUCCUCCCGUGGGAAUCUGUACAGAAACGGAUCGAGACGUACUUCGAACACUGGAACCACGGGCUUUUGUCACAUGAAGACGAGAGCGAGCAUGAAGAUGAAGAUGGUGAUCAAAGCCCAGAUCCUGCAGGCCCGGAUUCUCCCGGGGCAGAUACGGAAACAGCUACAGGGGUUUUCCAAGCACUCUUCCGUGGAGACCCCAGUUUUGAGGAUGAGGAUACCAUGAAGGAAUACCUGAUGAGCAGUGAACGGUCACCUGUGCGACAUGAUGUACGAGAUCGGCUCAUCAAGCGCGCUCGCGACAUGUACGACGAGCUUGAUUGUCAGGAUAUAACCAUAUACAAACGAACCGCCGAAGAGCUGUGGCAUGAGCUUGCUCGAUUCACGCAUGGUCGCUUGGUCGAUGACUCAAGAGGAGGUUGCGACGCUUGGCCCUUCGUCGAAGUUGUCAAAAUCGGUGGGCCCUUUGCCCUAUCCGAGCACAUCGUCAUCGCUGACACGCCGGGUCGAAACGACCUGAAUCGCCUUGCGCGUGCCAGCGUGGAUGACUACCUACCAUCUUGCGAGAAGCAUACGUAUAUGAGGCUUCACGAGAAACUCAAACAGCUUGAACGGGAAGAUUUUCAGCCCCGAACUCUGGAUCAGAGCUCGCUCGCUGAAGCUAUACUACGCAACCAGUUGACGCAAAAACAUGUCAAGAAAGCGUACGUGUAG